GACGUAGUUCAGUUCCGUAGUGUGUGAAUUAGAGUAACAAACGCUGAAGAAAAAUGGCUGUGCUGCUGGAGACUACGCUAGGAGAUAUUGUUAUAGACCUGUACACAGAGGAGAGACCCAGAGCUUGCCUUAAUUUUCUAAAGCUCUGCAAAAUCAAGUACUACAAUUACUGCCUCAUUCACAAUGUCCAGAGAGACUUUAUUAUACAGAUGGGUGAUCCUUUGGGAACAGGCCGUGGAGGCGCGUCUGUCUUUAGUAAACUCUAUGGUGACCAGGCUCAAUUUUUUGAAGCGGAAAAAGUGCCAAGAAUCAAACACAAGAAGAUCGGAACAGUGUCCAUGGUCAACAAUGGAAAUGGUCAACAUGGGUCACAGUUUCUUAUCACCACAGGGGAGAAUCUGGAUUACCUAGAUGGUGUGCAUACUGUUUUCGGUGAGGUGACAGAAGGGAUGGAUGUAGUGAAAAAAAUCAACGAGACGUUUGUGGACAAGGAUUUUAUCCCUUACCAAGAUAUCCGAAUUACACACACUGUAAUACUGGAUGAUCCAUUUGAUGAUCCACCUGGACUACCAAUUCCCGACCGAUCCCCAGAACCAACCAAAGAGCAGCUUGAUAGUGGCAGGAUAGCAGCAGAUGAAGAAAUUGAUGACAAUAAGGGAAAAUCUGUGGAAGAAAUUGAAGAACUGUUUGCUGAGAAAGAAGCCAAGACACAAGCAGUUCUUCUGGAAAUGGUUGGAGAUAUACCUGAUGCAGACAUCAAGCCCCCUGAAAAUGUACUUUUUGUCUGUAAACUGAAUCCUGUAACAACAGAUGAAGAUUUAGAGAUUAUAUUUUCAAGAUUUGGAGCAAUAAAAAGCUGUGAAAUAAUUCGAGAUUGGAAAACUGGAGAGUCGCUCUGUUACGCCUUUAUUGAAUUUGAGAAGGAAGAAGACUGCGAGAAAGCUUAUUUCAAGAUGGAUAAUGUUCUGAUUGAUGACAGACGAAUACAUGUUGAUUUUAGUCAGUCAGUUUCUAAAGUGAAAUGGAAAGGAAAAGGUGGGAAGUAUUCAAUGGAUGAUUUCAAAGAGUACGAGAAGGAUGCUGAAAAACGCUCCAAGCUUGCAUUGAAAGAUAAAGCUAAACCUAAACAAGACAGCAACUAUGAUCUGCUACUUGAUGAAGAUAUGGAGGAACUGAGCAGUAAUCAAAGAUCCAAACACAAAAAAGAGAAAAAACGUCACCAUCAUCAUUCAGAAGAUGAAGAUGAACGAAGAGUGAAAAAAUCUAAGGUACCUGAGAAAGACUCACGAUGCAGCAGAUACGAGGAUGAUUACUGUCGAGAGAAAAAAAGGAGUGACAAGAAAGAGAGCCGUAAAAGCCGCAGUCAUUCUCGAGAACGCAGCAGCCACUACAGCUCCAAAGAAAAAGGGAGAGAACCAAGGGAGAAGGAACGUGACAGAAGAAGAGACCGGAGUCCAAAGAAGUACAGAGACUCAUCGAAAUACAGAAAUUGAGAUUGACUGAAUUUAAAAAAAUAUAAAAAAAACCCCAAAAAGUCUCUGUGAAAUUUGUUCCAAGACACACAUACAACAUUUUGCACCAAUUUAAGGUAUUCAUGUGUGUAUAUAACAUAUAGUGUGUGUCUUCUUUCUCCCAGAUAUUUUGUAAGCAAUAGGUAUCAUCGAAAACACAAAGGUCAAAAUUGUGCAAUGUAAAAAUUGUUUUUCAAAUAUAUCUUUGUUGUUUGCCAUCUCAUUUUUAAA